AACGAUCUGUCAACGAUCCAGCAGACGAUAUUUACAGGAAGCGUACAGCAAGUAGUCAGUGGGCAAAAUGGUGGCGGACGAAAGGUUGUUUUUCUCGAAAGCCGUCCAACAUUUAGCUAGAUGUCUGGCGGCAAUUAAACCUACGCCAUGGGAAAAGGUGAUGCAACUAUUCAAGUUAUGCCCACAAGAAUCUGCUCAAGGCAUAUACCGGUUAGAUCAAAGAGGUCAAGAUGCAACCAUUGCACUGGGAAUAUAUUUUUUGGAAUCUGGUUUACAACAUCGAGACCGGAUAUUGCCUUACUUUCUAAGGUUACUGCGCGGCCUUCCGAAAGCUGUUUGGUUGGAUGAGGUCAAAUGUUCACCUAGUGAACGUAUUCCUGUGGCAGAACGCUUUAGUUUUUGUUUAAACACAUUGCUUAGUGAUGUUGCAGCUAGAUGUGAACCUGUACGCGAAGAAAUAAUUUCUACUCAAGUAGAGAUAUUGGCAGUUUUAACGAAUCUUAUAAGAGGGUACAGAGAUCAAAAUGGAAGCAGAGGAAUGCAAGCAAAAUUGUCAUUAUGCAAGUGCAUAGUUCCAGUUUUGAUUGGUCUAGCUCGAUCAAUGGGUCGUUUCGCGUGCACGGAUCCACCUCUUCUUUGCCGCAUAUUUCCAAAACCAGUACCACCAUUGUCAAUACCGAACACAGAAACACGUGUAAUGUCGGAUAGAAAGCAAUAUAGUUUUUCAAACUUUCGACCUAUCAUUCCACGGUCUUUAAGUGGCAAUUUAAAUCCUCAUCCAGCUAUUGACAAUGCACCAAGCCUAUUAUUUGGGGAUCACGAUAAUCCCUGUGAUAAACGACCGUCACUAAAUUCAUAUUCAUCGAUACCUUAUGAUCCAGUUACAUAUUUUUUUAGUAGAUACGGAUCAAGUUUCAAUCAAUUUCCUCAAAUGAGGUGCAAUGAAAGUCCUGAGAGGAGAGCUGGGCUGCAGUUUAGCGUAGUUCAUUUGCAAAGUGUACUAGCUUUGGCAAAAAAAUUGCUUACCAAAGAAAUUUUAAUGUUUCUCGAUGAAGAAGCUCAGCAAGUUUAUAAUUCGGGACAGGUGCUGAUAUUUCCUUAUCGAACAUUUAACGAGACCAUGAAUUUAGUAAUGGUUGCUCUUUUAAGGGAAUUAUUGCAAAAUCAACGAGAUUUGCCAGCUCCUUUCACAAAAGAUGUGCAAGAAUUUGUAAAGGGCCUCUUUUUGUCCGGUCAGACGGAAUUACAAUCUCGUCAACACGACGCGAGCGAACGCGAAGACAUGGACACUAAUUUUCGAACUGUAAAUAGGUUUAAAGUAAACGUUAUGGCUAAUUCCGCCUGCGUCGAUCUCCUUGUUUGGGCGAUUGGCGAUGAAACUGGUGCAGAUAGUUUAUGCGGUCGUCUAGUUGAAAAAAUCAAUUCUAAUCAUGGACCAAAAUUGGUGCUGGCACAUAUGCCUUUAUUAAUGGUUUGCCUUGAAGGAUUAGGAAAAUUAGCACAGAAAUUUCCUAACAUAGCAAGUACUUCUAUAUACUAUCUCAGAGAUUUUCUCGUUGUUCCAUCACCUAUACUUCUUAAACUACACCGUCAACGGAGUGAGAAAGGAAAAGAUAUGCAUGAUCCAAAACAAACGACAUCAUCGAUACAUACAGCCUUUGAAAAAUUACGAGACGCAGCUAUUGGAAAUCUUUGUAUUGCUUUAGAAGCUGCUCAUUCUGUUAAUCCUGAUUGUGUACCGGCACUGGUUGCCAGUGUCUCGAAUAGGUUAUUCGCUGCUGAUAUAUGCGACGGUGAAUCUGAUGACAGAUCAAAUAGUGAAUUAAUUUCAAAAAACAUAGUAAUAAUGUUGGGACACGUUGCCGUUGCAUUGAAAGACACCCCAAAGACUAUGCGCACAAUAUUCCCAUUUUUUCAGCAAUUAUUUUGCCGCACUCCGAGUGAUCUUGAUUUUCUAAUCGUCGAUCAGUUAGGAUGCAUGAUCAUCGCAAAAUGCGAAUCAAAGAUUUAUGAAGGCAUAAUGCAAAUGUUUUCUAUGUCUUUGGGUUCGAGUACAGCGACAUACGCCUCGAACGAUGAUCGUAAACAGUAUUGUCAUGUAGCUAAAGCAGUUACGAAUGCCCUCGCUAACAUAGCAGCAAAUUUAUAUGGUGAAACAGAUUUGAACGAUUUAUUACUUCAUUUGCUUGAAUUAUUCGUUCAACUUGGAUUAGAGGGUAAACGCGCCAGUGAUAAAGCAUCCACCAUUGUCACUGUUACGAAGGCCGCAACCAGCGCAGGAAACUUGGGUGUACUCAUUCCCGUAAUUGCUAUACUAGUACGACGACUUCCACCAAUCAGACAUCCGCAAAAAAGGCUUUUGAAGCUAUUCAAAGACUUUUGGCUUUAUUGUGUCGUGAUAGGUUUUGCUGGAGAUCAAGCAUCAAGAUUAUGGCCCGCGGAGUGGUACGAAGGUGUCAAGGAAAUCGCCGUUAAAUCACCGUAUUUGAUAUCUCAAACAAGCGCACGGCUUGAGAUGAGGGAAUUACAGUACACUUCAGCUGUACGUAACGACAGUGUUUCUCUAAACGAACUACAAGAAUUAAGGAGUCAAAUAUUAAAAUUAAGUACUCGGACCAACGAUAUAUCGCAGUACGUGACAAAAUUACAAUUUGCACAAUGUACAUAUCUACUAUCAGUCUACUGGUUAGAAACGUUGAGGGUGGCAAACAGUCCUGAGCCUAGUUUACAGCCGAUAAUGGAAUACUUGUGCGAUACUGAUUUACAAAAGGAGAAAAGUGGUAUGUGGCAGUGUAUAUGCUGCGUCGCUGAUUCCGUGUUUGUGAAAUUCAAAGACGUCAUGCAGCGCAAACCGAAAGAUGAGAGGCGCGAGAAGGAGCUUGAAAAUCAUGCUCAAUUUCUUUUGGUGCAUUUUAAUCAUGUACAUAAGCAGAUUAGGCGAAUAGCAGAUAAGUACCUUAGUGCAUUGGUAGAUGCCUUUCCCCAUCUUUUGUGGAACUGUAAAGUUCUCUGGAGUAUGUUGGACAUAUUACAGAUUUUAUCAUUCUCCUUACAAAUUGAUCCAAACGAAGAAACACCAAUUUUACGAAUACCUGGCACGUUAUAUAGUAUUGAACUUAUGGACACACUUGAGGCACGAGAGAUUAUCGUAAAAGAUUUCACCGCAAGGUGUAAGGGCAUAGUACAGGAAGCUAUGAAGUGGGCACCGCAAGCUACCAGGUCACACUUACAGGAAUACGUAAAUCAGAUUCUCUCUUCCGGAUUAAAGCAACACUCUGGUUUAUGUCUGUCUACGGACUCGGUUCUUGAAUUUGUGGAUCUCGCUGUUCCAGCAUCAGUUAUUCCAAAUACUAACUCGUUAGACAAAAGACCACGAGGUCCAAAAGGAGUCAGCUCGUGGCUUCUAUCAAUGAUGUCCACGCGGGCACGAUAUGCCGGUGAAAUAGCUGGAAUGUUGUCACUAGCUCAGACUGAAUCUUCGACAUCUGAAAUAUCUUUUGAAGAAAGUAGGAAUAAAGUUGUUGAUUUAUUAAUCGAUGCUGUAUGGAUGGCUUGUCGUUCUCGGAACGAUGUUAAGCAUCGCAGUGCUCUUUGGCGUGCUACUGCAUUAUUAAUUUCUAUGCCUGGAAUCCACAGGCGUCUGUUGCACACAGUAGCUUCUUCGCAAAUUGAAUUAUUUACUCCAGCAGCUAUGACCACAACUGUCGAAUGUUGGCAGUGGAUACUCACUGUUAGACCAGAUCUCAAAUUACGUUUCUUGCAAGAAAUGCUCGUUGCUUGGCAGUACACCGUUGAUAAAAGAAUGGGUCUGUUUGCUCCAGACGAAGAAGAAGUUAGUCCAUUGGCGGUAUAUGAAGGCUGCAAGCUUGGUCCAAAUCCUCCGCAAGUGAAACCUCAUGAUAUCUGGGUUACCUUUAUCGUGGAACUGAUUGAAACUGCUAAAUACUGCUGCCAGCAGACAGUUGAGAUGAUUGUCACUAUGCUACAUCGGUCGCUACCUAUGACUGUCGGUGCUUCUGGUGAAGAACCAGGAAUGAGUCGUCAUGUUGCUGCUGUUGGUGUACGCUUUAAAUUACUUUCUUGCGGGCUACUUCUUCUUCAAGGGGAUAUUUUACCAAGGACGUUGAGCAAAAAUGUGCUACGAGAGCGUGUGUAUUGCAAUUGUUUGGACUAUUUCUGUAGAGAUCGCCAGGUACCAACUCAGGAAUUGGAACAAUUGCGUGAAGAUUUAAUUACUCUCAUACGUUUCUGGCAGGUGAUGCAUAGCGAUAAGAAAUAUCUAGUGAUGACUGGUAACGAAAGUGAAUUUGAAAUGCCAACACCACAAUCUGGAACCGGUGGUUUUGGACCUAGCGAAACAAUUGGUUCUUUAAGUACAGCCUUAAGCACGACAAACAGUGAUUACUCAAAAACAGCUUCCAGUGUAUGGAUAAAUACAGUCCCCAUGUCCACUAGUAGUAAUACACUGGGUAAACGUAGUAAUCGCAGUAAGCGUGUCAUGAACGCAAAUGUCUUCGUAAAAGAUUACAUAAAGAAGAGAAAUUUAAUUCUUGAACUACUAGCAGUCGAGAUAGAAAUGUUAUUGGUAUGGAGGAAUCCUAGUGGUAGGCAAGAGCUCACACUUGCGGGAGAGACAAGCAUCGCAGAAUGGCGUGCUAAGGGUAUGAAUGAUCGAUGGCGCGAAUAUACACGUCUUGCGUGGGAGAUUAGUCCCGCUUUUGCUGUAUUUUUACCAGCACGAUUAAAAAAUUCGGACGUGAUUAUUAAGGAAAUAUGUGGGCUUGUUCGUCUCAAACCUGUGCCAGUCAUGCAUAUCCCUGAAGCUUUGCAAUACCUGGUUACAACUGAUACGUUACUUAAUGAUGUACCUGAAUUGGUGUAUAUGCUUACAUGGGAGAGGGUAUCUCCUAUUCAAGCGUUAGCAUACUUCUCUCGUCAGUUCCCUCAUCAUCCAAUUUCUGCUCAAUACGCAGUAGAGGUGCUAAGUAGUUAUCCAGCGGAUGCUGUGCUUUUCUAUAUACCACAACUCGUACAGGCUGUACGCCAUGACACAAUGGGUUACGUUAUAGAAUUUAUAAAAAAAAUUGCUAAACGUUCCCAAGUAGUAGCACAUCAAUUAAUUUGGAAUAUGCAUACAAAUAUGUAUAUGGAUGAAGAUAAACAGAUAAAGGAUCAAGUUCUAUUUGAUGUAUUGGACUCGUUAGUGAAAAGUAUCUUAGGAUCACUAUCUGGCCCAGCAAAACAAUUCUAUGAAAGAGAAUUCGAAUUCUUUGAAAAGAUUACGAAUAUUUCUGGUACAAUAAGGCCAUAUCCUAAGGGUCCUGAACGUAAAGCAGCGUGCUUGAAAGCUUUGUCGAAAAUUCAGGUACAACCUGGUUGUUAUUUACCGUCUAAUCCUGAGGCUAUGGUUGUCGAUAUCGAUUAUGAUAGCGGAACUCCUAUGCAGAGUGCUGCGAAAGCGCCAUUUUUGGCGCGUUUUAAAGUACAAAAAUAUGGAAUUAAUGAAUUAGAGAAUAUUGCGUUAGCGGUAUCGACUAAUGGAAAAGUAGAUGUCAAAAGAGAAGUAGAGAAAGAAACGUGGCAGGCCGCUAUUUUCAAAGUUGGCGACGAUGUUAGGCAAGAUAUGUUGGCACUACAAGUGAUCAGUAUUUUCAAGAAUAUAUUCGAAAAAGCUGGAUUAAACUUAUUCUUGUUCCCCUAUAGAGUAGUAGCCACAGCACCUGGGUGUGGUGUUAUAGAAUGUGUACCGAAUGCAACAUCACGUGACCAGCUUGGUCGAACCACUGACAUUGAUAUGCAUCAAUAUUUCAUUACACGUUAUGGAGAUGAAACGACAAAGGAAUUUCAGAAUGUUCGUCGCAAUUUCGUUAAAUCAAUGGCUGCCUACAGCGUGAUCACGUAUCUCUUACAAAUUAAGGAUCGUCAUAAUGGUAACAUUAUGUUGGAUACUGAAGGUCACAUCAUACAUAUCGAUUUUGGAUUCAUGUUCGAAAGUUCGCCAGGCGGUAACUUAGGCUUUGAACCUGAUAUUAAGCUGACUGAUGAGAUGGUGCUCGUAAUGGGAGGUAAAAUGGAAGCUGCACCUUUCCGUUGGUUCAUGGAGCUAUGUGUGCAGGCUUUCCUAGCAGUAAGACCCUACCAAGAGGCAAUUAUCUCUCUGGUUUCUCUUAUGCUGGAUACUGGAUUGCCUUGUUUCCGUGGGCAAACAAUAAAGCUUCUACGCGGUAGAUUUGUGCCGACAGCUACCGACCGUGAAGCAGCGGCCUAUAUGCUCAAUGUAAUACGUAACAGCUACCUCAAUUUCCGUACGAAAACUUAUGACAUGAUACAGUAUUAUCAGAAUCAAAUUCCAUAUUAAAUUAACUGUUUCCGCGAGACCUCUGUUUAUAAUUGUUAGUUUAUGACAGAGAAAUUCAUUAUUUCUGCAGAGAUUGUUAAAAGAGUACAUUGUGUACCAUAUUGUUAGAUAUAGCAGUGUAAUAACUGCUGUCUGUACAAAUUCCUCAGUGUCAAUGUUAUCCUUACACUCACAUAAAUUUUAUGAAAGCAUUAAUGCUUUGUAUGUAUGUAAUAAUGUAUUAUAAACUCAAAAAAUA